CCUUUGCCCGCACUCAAAAUGGCGGCGGGCGCGCCCGCCCUCCCUGAGGCGGGCUCUGUGUGAGGGCGCGGGAGCCGCGGCGGCCGCGGGUCCCUCAGAGCGCGGCCGGAGCCGGGCAGUGAGGUUUCAUGAGUCACGCUGGGCUGUUGGGAGUUUCUUUGGAAGAUGUACAUGUUGGUUGAAAACCGCACGAGUUCCCACCUCCAUCUGAAGAGGUCACCUGGCAUCCGCUCCUGGUCCCUCUGUGUUGGAAUAGCCUCCAUAGGUUUGGCUGCUGCUUAUUACAGUGCAGACAGCUUGGCAUGGAAGCUCUUCUAUAUGGCUGGGUGUUUCUUUGUGGCAGCACAGAACCUGGAGCAGUGGGAGGAAGCUGUAUUUGAUAAGAACAAGGGAACAGUCUGCCUAAAAACAUUCAAUCUGUACAAAAAAAUACUGACUUUGUCCAAAGGAGGCCAUGAACAAGUGGUGGCUCUGCUGAGCGAGAUCCGGGAUGUGAACGUGGAGGAGGAGACCGUGCGCUACUUUGGGAAGGGUUACCUGGUGGUGCUGCGCUUUGUCACUGGAUUCUCCCACCCCCUGACCCAGAGUGCCGUGCUGGGCUGCAGAAGUGAUGUGGAAGCAGUUGCCAAACUCAUCACUAGUUUUCUGGAGCUGCACAGAGUAGAAAGCCCACAAGAUUUCUCUCAGAGCAGCGAAACAGAGGCGAGUGAUGCAGAUGAACCACAGGAUAAAUACUAAUAGUCAUCAUGAGCUGCAGCAAGCAGAGGCUUUCACACAUCUGGAAAACACUCUGCUUGUUCUGCAGAAAAAGAAAUCCCUCACAACCUCGGCCUGGGCAUUUCUCUACAAUUUGCAAUGGGAGGAAUGUGUCUUAAUGCACCUCAUUUAGUGCUAAACUGCUUCAAGACCCACGUUCCAAGAAUUGCUGUUGUAGAGUCCAAAGCAAAUUCUGUUUCAGUUGCUCUUCUGCCUUAAUUCCUGCACGUGGACACUGCUGGCUUUUGAACUUUGUCAGUUCGCCACUGACAAACUUGCCUAGGAAUAAUUAUUUAUUGAUGGAUCAGUAUGAAAUAAUUGCUUUCCCAUUAGUGAAGCGGAGAUGCAGAUGCAAACAGCCUCUUGCUGCAAACAUCUGCUGCAGGUACAGUACAUGAAGUGUAGAGGAGUUGGAUUUGUAACUCCUGAAGCAAUGCUUUGAGGUUUGUCUUGAAAUGUUAUGACUGAAUAUAUUGCUAAAUCGGUUUUUAAGCAGCUUAAUGUAUGCAAUUAGGUGAUGCAGAGUAGUGGCACUUUUAUAUUCUCUACUACUGACUUGCCAUUAGAUACCCAUGGAAAUUUAAGUCUGAGUAGCUGUCUUGGAAUUUGGAAGAUCAGCUUGUUUAAUCUGUAACAUUGUUUUAAUUCCCUGGGACUGGCUGAGGAGCCAUGAAUAGCAAAGGGAAGAGUGAUCAUGCUGAUGAUUCACUGUCUGUGGGAUGUUCUAGAUUAACCCUGUUCUGCUUCCCUUCUGGGCAUUCACUACCCCAGGACAGAAUAACCUUUUCCUAGACCUCAAUGUUUACUAUUUUAACUGUGUGUUUAGAAAGGAAGCAAGGACAGACAUCUCUUACUUUAGGUAGGGAAAAGUCUGAUGUCAAACACCGUGGUAGCCUAGAGUUGUUUAGUAUUUCCUCACUUGAAAUACCGAAGUGCUAAAUAAUAAUUUUUUUAAGAUAGCUGGGAUAGAUUCCAUGUUUGACUUGUACCAUGUUUUACUCCAGGUGUGUGGCAUCCUCUGUUCUGACCAAUGAUUUCACAAAGAGCUAAAAUAAUAACUUUUCAAGGUA